GUGGAUAUCUAUGGCAAACCGAGAAAGUUAUGGCUGUUUUGGUUUCUCGUAGACUUAGCAUAAGGAUGCAAGCAACGCCUCCUCGCACGGACCCAUGCUAUGUCUACGAGAAACCAAAACAGCCAUAACUUUCUUGAUAGGUUACAAACAUCCACUUGUCAGGUAUCUAAAAGUUCGUAAAUUUCUCCUCCAUGUUUGUAUGCAGGUUGGGAUGUUCUGUUGAGAGGCAAACGAAGGAAGAGUGGUGCAAGUUUUGAAAAUUAUCUAGCAGUCAGACUGAAAAAGAAAAGUGUUAUCCAGAUCUCAGCCUCUUAUAGUCUUAUUUGAAUUUGAUCUUUUUUUACCGUGGACGAACUCCUGUAUCGUGAGUGGGGUCUGUGUGGAACUAUGGUAAACAGCACCUAUGGAGCUAUGGGACGUACCGCUCUGUAACUAUCUUUAUGAGCCCUGCUAGAAACCUUCCGCGACGACGAAGUUAGCUGAGAACGCCUCUUGGCACAGUCCAGUCCGGAAGCCGGUAUCUGGCUGAAUGCCUUGCCUUCAGCGCAUAUUGGCAAGUGGCAACCUUCUGGAAGAUUACUCCUUGAAGAAAUCGGUCGGGAUUAGACUUGGUGCAGUCAUUUGUGAUCCGCGAUUCCGCACCCAUACGCAAAAUGCCAUAAAGCAUUCGACGUGUACGGUCACCACGGGCUGUCAUGCUUGUACUCCACUGGGAGACAUGCGCGCCACGGCGGCCUGAACAGCAUUGUGUGCCACUUAUUGCCCACUUAUUGCCACUUAUUAUUGCUGUAAAGCGGGCAUCGCAGCGAAGCUCGAACCCCGAGGUCCACCCUAUUCGUCCGAUCGUCGCCCUGACGGGUGCAUCACCUUCGCCUGAAACGCGGUAUGUGUUUGGCUUGGGACGUUACCUGCGUGGACAGGUCCGCCCAUCGCACAUCAGGCCCACUUCCGCGGCCGCGUAAUCCGCUGCCGCCCAGGCCGAAGACAAGAAAACGAGAUUGUACGCGUAUCUUCAGGGCAGACGAAUUUUUGCUCUGCUAGGUUUCGAAAUUCACGGCCUCGGGGGUAAGUCGGCUUCCGUUCUAAAAAGCAAAUCGGCAAGUGGCUACAGCAGCACACUGCAGGUGAACCUCGCCCCGAAUUCCUACGCCAAUGCCUGUCGAUCGAAAUACAACGGGGAUACGCGGUUUCCGUCCUCGGAACCAUGGAUGGAUCGGACAAUUUUCAAAGAUUUUUUUUUUGCAACUAGCUCUGUUUUGUUACAAAAUUUGCUCGAUGCGACUGGCUUGUGCUAACAAAAAUAUAUAACAGCAGCACAUCUCUGUGACAUCAGUGCUUUGAACACUGCUUUCUGUAUGCGAGACAGCAAGGGUGAUAACGUAGACGACCGUUGCGCUUUCCGUUCCCAGUCCUUUCGGCUAGUCCGCCACUUUCCAGUAACUGCGGCAAAGACCACUGUGAAGAAGCUUUGUGCGCCAUAAUUUGCAUAACAAAACAAGGCAUUCCCGGCCCCGAAUGAUUUACUACGUUGCAUGAAAAUAGGUCCUUUGGCGACCGGGUACCCUGGACGCGAUGCCGCGGUGUAUAUAUCAGCCUUUAUUGGCGGAUGCCAGUCAAAUGAGCCAUCGCAACACUGUCGCCGUCCGGAUGACCCGCCAUCCGGAUGAAAGCGCCUGCGAUGGCGACACCUGGUGGCUAGGGUACAUACAGGAUAUCGAAGGCGAGCGCGCCUUCAUCCACUUCAACUCUACAACAGCCGAAGCUCGCUGGAUGCACAUGGAGGACGUCUGGCCACUACCGACGUAUCGUGACGCGCUGUACAGUCGAAAUGCCACAAUAUUUGCGGCACUGCGCGACGAAGACAACGGACCGUUUUGUUUCCGCCCAGCCGUCAUGCUGGAUGAAAUUCAUGGUUGUAUACGAUGUCUUAACUUGGGUUCUAUGAUGUUUGGCAUCCGAACCGACGUGUCCAGCAGCAGCAACGCCACUGCAUGUGCUGCACACACAGCUCGUCCAUGUGUUGAGGUGGUCCUCGACAGCCAAGUGUCCAAUGAGCUGCCACCGAGCGGACCUCCCUUGCUGGAGCGCCGCAGCGGUUUGUUGUACACCAAGCACUGGAUACCCUUCCCCCAGGCCAGCGCCCUUCUCAGCGAACCUUCCGAUAAAUUUCGCAUCAUCAAGCAUGUCCGUGCCGCUCUUAAACACAAAAUAAAGUUAGGAGAUGCAAUUCUGUGGGACUGCUGCCGGUUUCAUUUGCGCAUCGGAGCGGAGGGCUGCGUGUUCGUCGUCGUCGGACUCGCGACCGACGCGGAAUCGACGCACUGGAUGGCUAGAACCUUGUCGACAGUCCUGGAAACUCAUCUGGCCAGCCGCGCCCUUCUUCCGCCUAUUCACAAUCAUUUAGCGUUGCGCACCAGCGAAAAUAUGCCUUGCGAAGCCGGUAUCGACAUUGAUGCACCGACGCUGACUGAAUUGACGCCUUGGCUACUAAGCGACAUCCUAUCCCAUUUGGACGUGCAUUCCCAAAUGAAGGCCACACGGGUGUGUGCCAUAUGGCAGAUGCUGCUGAGCCAUCCCAGGAUGAAGGAGCACGUCAGCAUCUCAUUCGAAAGCUGCUGGCACCUGCAAGUCGACACCGACACCUGCUUCAAAGCGGCCUCCCUCCUUACCCGCUUCCUCAGUUCAGCGACAAUCAGUCUCACCGUGUUGCGAGUCUUCCCGCCGCGCGCCGUGCAUGAUUGUAUAGAAGGGAUACUCAGUUCCAGGGAAAUCAAUUUGCCUAUACUUGUCCUCAGAGACCAUAUCGACAUGGAACCAAAAGCUCUUUCGCUGCAGAAGCGGUCGCGUUUGACGCAUGGGGCAGUGGUUCGUAUGCUGUUCAACAAGCACAUUUGCGACUUUAUCUUGCUGUACAACUGGAAAGUUAGCAUUCUCUUCGGUCAGCAAAUGUACGACGUCUUUGAGGAAGGGUACAUCUAUAAGCCAGAUUUCGGCGCGUUCAGGCGUCCUCUUCCAGCGCACGAGCGCCAAUGGAUGCUGCGCCUGUCCGAGCGGCCAAUCUCGCCACCACAGCUGGCCAUAGACGAACUACAAAUCACUAUUCCCAAGCUGCUGCUGUCUUGUAGCAACAGCGAAAUGGGCAUAACCAGUCGCUUCAUGUGCGCGCUGAACGACAACUUCCCGCCGGUGACGCCGGACAUGCUGGCAAAGGUCACGGCGGUCCACGCGCGCUGGCUGCGCACCCUUGAUUAUCCCGAUGACUGGCACACCAUCCGCAACUAUCUUCUACUGUACAGUGGGUUUCACUCGGACGGAAGACCGAAAUUCUGGGAGGAGGUCGAUCUGCGCUAUGUGAAUAUUUCCACCUGGAGCAAAAUGGCUAUUUACGGGAUAAACGAGCUUUUCCGAGUUUGAAUCCUUCUACCUUGUGCUUGCAGCGAUAGCUACCACACUGAUCGGAUCUGCCUGCAUACAAAUUCGUGUGCCUGUACUGUACGGCAUGUCCGUCUCCCCUUAUAAUAUCUGCUGCAUUAUCCUGGCAGGAGUAAACAUGGCAUACUCCUUCCGAACGAGCGAAGGGAGAUCACCAGAAUUUGAUAUUGAGUGCUGU